AUGUCUGGCGACACGGCCAUGGCCAACAACAACGCGGCCCCGGCGCCCUCGCCCAACGUCGACCCCGCCAUCUUCAGCUCUCUUCAAGCAAAAAUCGACAAAGAAACCGCAAUCCGGGACGAGCUCAAGGAGAUUGUCGAAACCCUCUCAAAGCAAGGUCGAGUCACGCAAUCAAUCCUCUCUCGCAUCCACAACACGCCCACUGCGGACCUCGAAGAAUCCGUCCUCGCACCCUGCUCUGAAUCCCUCAAAGAACAGGCGGCCACGGUGAAAAGUCUGGCGCAGGCCGCCUCGAAAUAUCCCUUCUACAAAUGGAACUCGAUAUGGCAGCGAGAGAUUCAGAACGUGGUCAGCAACGUACAAAUGUGUGAGUGGCUCAAGAGCGGGAGUCUGGUGACUCUGGAAGAAGUCGGACAGAGACUACAUGUACCGGUCAACCUGCAAGACGAAGAUGCCUUCCACGUCACGAUCGAAGACUACCUCCUCGCCCUGACCGCCAUGAUUGAGGAGCUUGCCCGUCUUGCCCCCAACGCCGUAACCCUCGGCGACUACGCCCGACCGCUGCAGAUCUCAAAAUUUACAAAGGACGUCCAUGCCGGGUUCCAGCUGCUAAAUCUCAAGAACGAUAUCCUCCGCCGACGCGUGGAUGGGCUCAAAUACAGUGUCAAAAAGGUGGAAGACGUCGUGUAUGAUUUGAGUCUCCGGGGUUUGAUUCCGAAACAUUGA